AUAUAUAUACAAUGUUCCCUGCGAGUUUCUCUUUAGGUUGAGGCCAGAAAUACGGUCUCAGUUUAUCCACUUCCUUCCUGAAGAAGAACGUCAUGGCUGAUCUUGCCUCUGGCCUCGCUGCUAGUCUCUUGCAGAAAUUAGGCUCUCUAGUUUAUGAAGAGCUCUUCUUGGCAUGGGGCGUCCAGAGCGACCUGCAAAAGCUUGAGAGCACGAUUUCCGACAUUAACAUCAACGAGCUCUUGGAUGCUGAAUACAAAGCAAGCAAGCAACCCCAUGCAGAGGAACUGGCUUGGGAAGCUCAAAGUUAUCUUAUCUGAUGCAGAGGAUGUGAUAGAUGAAAUUCAGUAUAAAGCUUCAAGGAAGCAAGCGAUUAGAGCAUACGGAACCACUAGUUCAAAGAUGAACAGGUGCCUCACCAACCUUCGUAUGUUGGUUUUUGUGGAAUGUAAAAAUUUGACCUCUUUGCUACUUAUUAUCAAACACCUAACUGCAUUAAAGUCAUUGUAUAUUAUUAACUGUGAAAAGAUGGAUUUGAUGGGAGGAGGAGGAGGAGAUGUACAAUAUCUCAAUUUGAGACUCCAGAUCUUGUAUAUAGUUCAGCUGCCAAAGUUGGAGGUUUUACCCGGAUGGCUCUUAGGAUCUGCAAACACUUUAAGGAGUCUACAUAUCGAGAAGUGUGGAAAUCUCAAGGCCUUGCCGGAGUGGUUGCCGACUCUAAAAUUACUUCAGACAUUGGUGAUCAUUCAUUGCAAAGAGCUAUCAUCUUUACAAGAGGGAAUUUAUCAUAUGAAAACAUUAAGAUAUUUGAAGAUUGAAAAAUGUCAUAAACUCGUUACUCGUUUAGAAGACUGGUCCAAUAUACCAGGGCUCAAAGUACUUAUUUCUAAAAAUGCUAAAGAUGAUGAAGAAGAAGAACAGCUUUUGCCUAAUUCCACGAGCGAGGAGUAGUCCAAGCCAAUGCCAGACUGAAUGUGUGACGCCCCCAAAUCCCCACGCCCGAACACGGGGAAAUCGAGACGUCCGGAUGGUGACAACCCGGGUCACCAUCCCAUCGACGGA